UAGUGGACUGAACAUUUUACGGCAUGGAUAUUAGCGAAACACUCUAAACCAUUCACACAUGUGUUCUUUUCUUGAUCGCUGUAUAUUUAUAUGCGCACGGAAACACUCAACAACUACGAACUGCUUUCCAGAGCGCUGAAGAAGGUUUUAUUCUUUGUAAAGUUUGAAAUGCCUGUCGUGCCUUUGGGCAAAAUGGCGGACGAAAACCAUGUAAAUGACCAAACAAAAGAUAUUACUAGCGAAGACUUGAGUGAUUUACCAGAUGCUUUAAUAGCUGCCAAUCUCGAAGAACGAAUUUUCGAUGAUCCCGAAGCAAAGGCACAGUUUGAAGCACGUUUUUUGGAAUACGAUGAAACCGCUACGUUCCAGUACCUGAAAAGUUUUCGAAGAGCCCGAAUAAAUUUUUCCUCGUCGGGACUUGCAGUUAACGCUAGAAUACGUCUACACGAGAUAGAUAUGUUGGGAAGAACAAUGAAGUGUUAUUUUGCUCAGUCAACACCCAAGGAGUCCGCCAAUAGCUCAACACACCUGCACCCACCUCCUCUUGAAAAGCAGUUCCUCAUCUCUCCCCCCGCAUCGCCCCCCGUUGGAUGGGAACAGAUGCGAGAGAAGGAGCCGGGUAUUAACUUUGAUCUCAUCACUGCCAUCGCUGAACUAGCUCCAGGUGAAGCUCACGAGUUGCAUCCCCAAUCAGAAUCUCAACCAGGUAUAGUUGUACACAUAUGUGAAGAUCCGGAGGGAUUUAAGGAUCCCGACCGUCUUAGAAUUGUUCAGACCAAACGACCACAAACUUGAGAAGCAACACCAAACCAUUGCAUCUGUCGGGGGAACCCUUCAUUUUUAAUUAAUUAAUGGACAGAGUGGAAGGACAGAUCAUGGACAAGUUGUCCAAAAAUUGUCUGAAAGAAGAGAUCCAAGAUAUGCAAGAUAGCAGUGUCAUCAUGAGAUGUUAUCAAGAGAUGUCUUCCAUGGCGUCAUUUUGCAUUGGAAUGGUCAACAUCCUGAGAACUGACUCAGGUGAUGCAUUGCGCAUUAAAACUGGUCAGUUCUAAUUCUCUUGACUUCAUCUACAUGUUUAAUAGCAGGACUUGUGGUGUGACUUGAGUUGUUGGUCGUGACCUUGAGAUUGCACACCAGAUCUGGGCCACAGUUUGAAAUUGUUAUGGGCAGUAAGACCACAUAUCUUUAUUUAUUUCAUUGUUAUGUCAUUAUUUAUUUUAUUUCAUUAUUUUAUUAUUUAUUUACUUAUUUAUUUAUUUACUUACUUAAUUAUUUAUUUUUUAUUUCAGUAAGAUAUAUCUU